AUGGGAUUGUGCAUGGGUUUUUUUGUUAAUAGUGGAAAACAAUGGGGGCAGUUUGAACUAUUUGUAAAUAUAUGGGCACUAAAACUAAUAGUGAGAAACUAUGGGUACCAAGAUGAUAUUUACGAUCAUAUUUUCCUUAGCCUAGAUAUUCCACUGUUUCGCAGCAGCUUUAACUUCUUCCUCUAUACUGAGCUCAGUCGCCAUUUCCCAUUUCCACUCAACACAAUUUCCAGAUUCCAGAUUCCAACCACACACACAGAAACGCACAUUGCGAGGCCGCCGGAGUUUCAGAUAUUCCGGCGAAAGCCAAUCCGAGCAAUGAUAUCUCUCCAGACCAUUGCUAAACCGUCUCCGAUCCACUUCCGCCCCAAAAAGCCAUUCAAAAGACCACCCAAAACCCUAACCCCAAUCCACUCCCUCCUCCAGUACAAUCGCAAGCCGCAGCUCUCGGGAGAAACGCCGAGAGUGGUGGUCAUCACCUCCGGCAAGGGCGGGGUGGGGAAAACCACCACCACCGCCAACAUAGGCCUCUCCCUCGCCCGCCUCGGGUUCUCCGCCGUCGCCAUUGACGCCGACGUUGGCCUCCGCAACCUCGACCUCCUCCUCGGCCUCGAAAACCGCGUCAACUACACCGUCGUCGAGGUGCUCAACGGAGACUGCCGUCUCGAUCAAGCCCUAGUUCGGGACAAGCGGUGGUCCAAUUUCGAACUCCUCUGCAUCUCCAAACCCCGCUCCAAACUCCCCCUAGGGUUCGGCGGAAAAGCCCUAAUUUGGCUGGUGGAAGCCCUAAAAAACCGCGAAGAAGGCGCACCGGAUUUCAUACUAAUUGAUUGUCCGGCCGGAAUCGACGCCGGCUUCAUCACCGCAAUCACUCCGGCGAACGAGGCGGUGCUGGUGACCACCCCAGAUAUCACGAGCCUCAGAGACGCAGACAGGGUGACAGGUUUGUUGGAGUGUGAUGGGAUAAGGGAUAUUAAGAUGAUUGUGAAUAGGGUGAGGACUGAUAUGAUUAAAGGCGAAGAUAUGAUGUCGGUUUUGGAUGUUCAAGAAAUGCUAGGGCUACCAUUGUUGGGUGUGAUUCCUGAGGAUACAGAGGUGAUCAGAAGCACAAAUAGAGGGUAUCCAUUGGUUCUGAAUAAGCCGCCUGCUUUGGCAGGAUUGGCGUUCGAGCAGGCUGCUUGGAGAUUGGUGGAGCAGGAUAGCAUGAAGGCGGUGAUGAUGGAGGAGGAACCCAAGAAACGCGGGUUUUUCUCAUUCUUUGGAGGGUAGAGUAAUGCGGUAGCUCCAUCCUUUUUCCUUAUUUCCGGAGUAAUUUUGUAUAGUAGGAAGUGAAGGUUUGCCAAUGUUUGUUUCGUUUGAUUUCAUUAUUUCACGGGAUUUGUGUUUCGGAAGCUGGAGAUUUUGGUUUAUGGUAAGACUCGGUAGUUUUAGUUGUGAUCAUUGAUCAAUGUGGGUGAGUGUGUUAUAUGCUUAGAAGCAUAAUUACUUCUUGGAUGAGAACUCUUUCAAUAUUUGAUUCUAUAGAGGUAUGUUCUUCAA